CGGGAAAUAUGGCCGAAAUAACAUUAAAAUACAGACAAGAAUAAAGAUGAACUAAAGACCAUUUCGCUUUAUUGGUAGAGUCCAGCCAAGCCGUCACCCUGGAUGCAGAUGAUAUGAUUGCGGCCUGUUUCACCCAGGAUUUUGUUCCCUUUGGAAGGGAGUACAGUCGGCGGCAUCCUGGGACAUUCCAACUGCAGGUCCAAAAUACUGUCAGUGCCGAGCAUGGUGUGCCACUCCUCAAGUCAUUCCGGGACAUCUCCAUACAGGAACAUAACAAGAAGGAACAGUGGCUAUUCCAUCAGAUUCCACAUGAGGUAAACCAGGACUUGUGUGAUGAAGAGUUGUAUUUCAGUGGCAACACUGUCGUCUGGAGCAAGGGUGGACAAAAUGGUACACGUUCCAUCGUUAAAACUUUCACUGUGGACACUCCAGUGGUUCAGGCCCUGUGGAGCAACUUCAUCCUGCCUGCCUCAGGGAUUCCAGAAGAUAUUGCCGGUUUUAGUCCACAAGCAGGUGAAUUGCAGAGUGGUGUUUGUGUGGUGGAAUCUGGGUCAAUCAGUUUUUUCAUAGAGAAAGGUGGAGAGUACAAUAUUGCGCUUCCUUUUCAGGUGGCAAGUACUUGGAUGAUAGAAAAUGGACUUCUGUUUGAAAGGACUGUAUCGCCUACUGAAAUAGCUACAGGGAAAAGAAAUUCGCCUAGUCAGACGACAGUGUUCAGUAUGUUACACCCAUUAGACGAGGUAGCUCCAGUCAUAACUAAAACAUCAAGUCCAGGUAGUUGUCCAAAGAUCUCUUACCUGACAGACAAUACUCAGCAUAUCAUCUUUACUAGUGUGGAACCCUCACUCGUAUUUACCUAUGACACAAUGGUUGGUGUGCACUCAGCUUGGCGUGUGCGCAAGGCCAGGCUAGAUGAGUGUAAUACUGUGUGUGGCCUAAUGGAGAACAGCUUCUACCACCCUGCUGCCAUGGCUACACCCAUGGGGAUGAAUCAGUCUAGCUCAAGCCACUCACGAUUCAUUGGAAGUCUGUCAGCCCAAUCUCCGAGUAUCUCACCCAUGAGGAGCUUCUCUGGACGAGUCAGCUCCCCCGGUAUCAUUCCUGGACGUUCACAGAGCCUCAGCCCAGCUGUUGGCAGUAUGGCUGCUGUUAGCCGAUCCCAGUCCCCAGCAAUGGGGCUCAAUUCUAUGCAUCGCUUGUUGUCACCCUCACCCAGUGUGGCCCGUAGCCCUGGAAACUACUUUCGGACCCCACCAGUGGGUUCUCACAAUGUUUCGCUCAUCAAUGAGAGUUACACAGAUUGGGUAGAGCCCCUCAAGCCUGAGGUGUGCUUUGAGCACCUGUGGACAGAGCCAGCACCCGCUAUCAGAGAUGGAUCAUUGGGGAAGUCGUCCAAAGCAUUCCUGACUCGUGAUCUGUGUGGACAGCAAUACCUGUGUUAUGUGAUAUCUUAUAGACAACAGCUACGAUGUGUGAAAUUUGAAGAGAGUAAUGACCUAAGUCAGCUGAUUUUUGGAACAGUGGCAGUUAUACCAGCCAAAGAUGCCGUCCCAAUUGAGAGCCUUGAUCUACUUGUACUACUGGACCCUACUGGUGGUUUGUGGGUGUACAGUGGAACUACAAAGAUUAAUCGUCUUCAUGUACCAACUCUGCCUCUGGGAUCAGGCUCGCUGAGUAUGCUGCGGACGACCACACCCAUUAACAGUCCCAGUAGAGGUGGCUACUUCACUUCAUCUCGACCUCCGAGUGCCAUGGAGGCUGGUUUUGAUGAGGAGAUGACACAGAUGUCACCUGUCCCAACAGAGUUAGAGGACUCCUCACAGUUUGAUGAGUUUCCUGUGCAGAGUAGUUUUAUACAGGGCAUCAAAGACAAUGUUGGUGCACGCUUCACAAUUGAACUGAUGAACAAUCACCUGUGUAGGACCACCAUGCCUGCUAUCACAUCUUCACCAGGAAUUGAGAUGUGUCUACAGGCCUUGAAACACAUGCUGCCAAAAGACCUGGCCAUUUCCAUAUUGGGGAAAUGGUACACAAUGAGAAAUACUCCUGGAGGACUCGGCAACCAAUCAGAAUGGAGCUUAUUUUCUAAGUGUUUACUGAGCAUGAUGGGAUAUGAUACCACUCGUCUUGCUCUCACUAAUCAGCAUGAGUUGGACACAUCUAUGUCUCCUGUUGUGGCAGUUAAGCGACCAAAACAGUCCGAUCAAGGCUCAGAUGAUGACUGGGAAGGUCUGUUGUCCUCAACCCACCACCAGUAUACCAUCCAGUGUAUGGAGCCUGUCUUGGGCCUCACCCACUGUACAGCCAUACCCGAUGCGUCCUCCUACUCAAAGCCCUGUGCCAUAAAUACUAAUGCUACUCUGUUUCCUCACAUUCCAGCAGUGAUGAUGGGACUACAUCUUGUCUACGAGGAGAUGAAGCUCAACACACUUCUAACAGAGGACGUGGAGAAACUUGUGCCAAUUCUAUACCAGAUAGCAAGUGACUUGAAGUGUUCCAACUACACAGACUAUUACUGUAGAGACUUCCAGCAACUUUUUGAUGCUGUAGAUGAUGUGAGCCAGAUUACUGAAGAUCACCUCCACAAGAUGGUUUACCCAGGGGUGUUUACUCAGUUUGUUCCUUCAGUGUUACAGUGGCUCCAGUCUAACUUGAGGGGAGAUGAUCCCGGCUCACUCCCUUACAUACCUGGUGUCUGUAACAACAUCAAAAAUGUUAUAUCACUUUAUGCUCUGCUCUUGAAGAGAGACCUGGCCACAGAGCAGGCCAUUGACAAAUGUCUACGAAGAGUCGCUCCAGCGGGUCACCGAGCACCAACCUGUGAUUUAUCCAUGUCUAGGAGUUUCUCGAGGAGCUUCUCUAUAUGUGUACCGAGUGCUAGUGUUCCAGAAAGGAUAGUCCUAUAUAUGACAGAAAUUGGCAUGACUUACCAGGAUCUAGAAUACUUGCCUGUAGGGGUGUCACUUCCUUUGCGGGAAGCAAUCUUUCACUGCAGAUGUAACGCUCCUUCUGAUUGGACAGAACAAGCAUAUACAUUGAUAGGGCGACAAGACCUCUCCCAGCUACUUGGAAUGGAAAACAAGAAACCUCAGGCUCCCCCAGGGAUCUACACCAAACAGCCGCAUCCACAAUCCAAGCGUUCCAAAGACGAGGAGGACGGUAUGGAACAUAUGGAUGAGGAGUUGCUGAGACUUCGGUUCAGUGAUGAUCUACGAGUUCAGGAGGUGCGUAGGUUAUUACAGUCAUCACGUCCAGCACGAAUAGCCCUUGUGCAGCGUCCUGAGGUCAGCGAUCAUGACUUUAUCGAAGAACAAGAAAAACAUUUGUAUUCCAUAUGUAUACGGACCAUGGCCCUCCCUGUUGGCAGAGGGAUGUUCACCCUGUCAACAUACCAUCCGCUGCCCACAGAGGCUAUUCCAAUUCCAAAACUAUGUCUGACAGGCAAGGCACCUCCCAGAAAUGCAACUGUAGACCUGACCCAUAUAGACACACCAGCCAACAUGUCUGCCUGGCCACAAUUUCACAAUGGUGUAGCAGCAGGACUGCGGAUAGCAAACUCUUCACAGGUAGACACUACCUGGAUCAUCUACAAUAAACCAAAAAGUAAUGAAUUCACCAAUGAGUAUGCUGGCUUCCUCAUGGCACUUGGUCUGAAUGGUCACCUCAACCUGAACACCCUCAACAUCCAUGAUUAUCUCAGUAAGGGCCAUGAGAUGAUUACUGUAGGACUUCUCCUGGGAAUGGCUGCAGCCAAACGAGGUACAAUGGAUCUGGCGACCAUGAAGCUGUUGAGUAUUCAUGUUCCAGCACUACUGCCUCCAACUUCCACCGAAUUAAAUGUUCCUCACAACGUACAGGUAGCCGGAGUGCUGGGGGUGGGACUUGUGUACCAAGGGACAGCUCACAGGCACACAGCAGAGGUUCUUCUGUCAGAGAUAGGUCGACCUCCUGGACCAGAGAUGGAGAACUGUAAUGAUCGCGAAUCCUAUUCCCUUGCUGCUGGUAUGGCUCUAGGACUUGUCAUGUUUGGGAGAGGCAGUGAGAUUGUUGGCACCCCCGACCUCAGUAUGGCCGACACAUUGUAUCACUUCAUGGUUGGUGGACACAAAAGGCCAUUGAGUGGGCCAAAUAAGGAAAGGUACAAGUCACCAAGCUGUCAAAUUAAGGAGGGUGACAGUGUGAAUGUGGAUGUUACGUCUCCUGGGGCUACAUUAGCUCUCGGUAUGCUCUACUUCAAAACCAACAACAGUGCUGUUGCUGAAUGGUUGAUUGCGUCUGAUACACAGUUUAUGCUGGACCAUGUUCGACCAGACUUUCUUAUGUUAAGGACAUUGAGUCGUGGAUUGGUCAUGUGGGAUUCUGUUAUACCAACCUUCCAAUGGCUUACUGGAAACCUGCCACCUAUCAUACAGAAGUAUGCUUUCACUCAAGGACAAGUUCAGGAUGAUGACACUCCUGUGGACUUUGAGACAAUGAGCCAGGCGUACUGUAAUAUAGUGGGUGGAGGUUGUAUGGUGAUUGGUCUGAAGUUUGCUGGGACAGCCAACAAGCAGGCUUUUGAUACUCUGAAAGAGUGUAUGCGAAUGUCUCUGGAGAUUGUGUCCUGUCCAAGUCAUGUGGAACAGGCUGGUAAAAUCACAGUUGAGAACACCAUGAUGUCUAUUCUCCUAGCACUUGCUAUGGUGAUGUCAGGGACUGGUAAUCUGGAAAUCCUGCGAAUGUGUCGAAUGUUACGGGCUCGUGUAGGCCCACACAGUCUUGGGGUGAUGUAUGGCUCACACAUGGCUAUCAGCAUGUCUCUGGGGCUUCUCUUCCUGGGCGGGGGCAGGUACUCACUGAAGACCACAGCUGACUCUAUAGCCGUGAUGCUGUGUGCUUUCUAUCCCAAGUUCCCUAUACACAGUAAUGACAACAGAUACCACCUACAGGCUUUGCGUCACCUCUAUGUGAUGGCUGCCGAUCCUCGCCUUGUUCUCCCUCGUGAUGUGGACACUGGACACCCAUGCUAUGUACCCAUGGAGGUCAAGUUUAAGGAUACAGAUGUAUAUAGGAAUGUCUCCUUCAGUACAUCAGCACCCUGUCUUUUACCAGAGCUGGAUAUCAUAGAAGAGGUAAAGAUAACUGGUCCACGAUAUUGGCCUAUUACUUUCCAUCUCAACAAAAAUUGGAACAAUUUACAACUGGUGUUACAAAACAACGGCACAUUGUAUGUCAAACAGCGGGCAGGCCACUUGUCUUAUGUAGAAGACCCAAAGGGCUACAGAAGUAUGUUGGCCAAGUCACUGACCAGUGACCACUCAAGCCAUUCUUCAGUAAAGCCUGAUGUUGUGAAAGCAUUUACAUCUGACCCAAGACUACUUGCACUUACGGAGUACUUCCUCAACACAAAGAAUAUGAAGGAUGUCGACUUCCUUCAGAUCUUGUCCUCCAUUGUGUAUGAGUGUGUGACAAAAGAGAAACCGGAAUCUAUUCCUUCCUAUGUAGAUCUUCACCAGUCACUGGACCGGACACAGUUUGGGAAGAGGACAGGAGGAGUGUGUCAGCUAAAACUAGUCCUAAGUUACUACGGUAGCAGGUUCUGCCUUGGUGGCAGAGAGGAGACAUCAGAACAGCUCAUGAAGCUUGAAUUCCUCAUGGCUCUCAAGUCAAAGUUGGAAAAUAUUCUGGACAGGUGGCAGACAGAUAAUAUGGACCUGUUGGUUAAGUACCUACAGGGAGAAGUGCUAAAAGGCCAGGAAACUUCACAUCUCUCUGCCUAUCUCUGCUGGUUUGAGAUACCCACCCCUACACAGAUCUCUAAAGUCAUUGUAGAAGGAGCUCCUACACUGCCUGUGCUUUGUGCAAACCUUCCCCAGCUCUCUGUGGGCACUGUGAUGAGAAUACUCACCGCUUGGCAGGCAGCUGUGUGAAGAACAGAGGAAAUUAUGUGACCAUCACAUUGUCUUUAAACUUGCCAGGAGCAUGAUAGAUUUAUUAUCAUACCAGAGUCUUGUGGCCUGUGACCUGACAAGUUGGAGAUUCACACAGUUCUGGGAUCUUUGACCUACCAGGAUGCUGUUAGAUAUAGAGAGUCAUCUACUAGUCCAUGAGCUGAAUCAAGGAUGACAAUAUUCACGUCCGAGUCAUAACAGAAGCUUUGGCUAUAUAGGACACAGGAAGUUGAUAGAACAGGUAAUGUAAACGACAGCUAGAUGCAGAGUUGGAGCUGAUCGUAUGAUGGACUUGUGAUUUUAUAUGUCAGGAUGCUGUUGGAAUCAUGAAGAAUGUCAUGUGAACAGACAUUGCUCAAGAUUUUCAAAUAAUUUGAGAGAGUCAUGGGCUUUUAAUAUGACAGACUCUCAGACUGGAGAGAGUUAUGUGAGUUUGAAACAUGAACGGGGUAUAAGAUUCAAAGAGACAGUUGUGUGAAUUUGAAACAUAACAGGAACUGUUAGAUGCAUGGAAACAUUUGAGCGAGUUUGAAACUAGACAGGGACUAUAACAUACAUUAAGACAGUUGUGUUAGUUUGAAACAUGGACGGGACUAGAAGAUACAAGGAGACAGCUGUGCGAGUUUGAAACAUGGACGGGACUAGAAGAUACAAGGAGACAGCUGUGUUAGUUUGAAACAUGGACGGGACUAGAAGAUACAAGGAGACAGCUGUGCGAGUUUGAAACAUGGACGGGACUAGAAGAUACAAGGAGACAGCUGUGCGAGUUUGAAACAUGGACGGGACUAGAAGAUACAAGGAGACAGCUGUGCGAGUUUGAAACAUGGACGGGACUAGAAGAUACAAAGAGAUAGCUGUGCGAGUUUGAAACAUGGAUGAGACUAGAAGAUACAAGGAAACAUUUGAGCGAGUUUGAAACAUAACAAGGACUAUCAAAUACAUUGAGACAGUUGUGUGAGUUUGAAACAUGGAUGAGACUAGAAGAUACAUGGAAACAUUUGAGCGAGUUUGAACAUAACAGGGACUAUCAAAUACAUGGAGACAGUUGUGUGAGUUUGAAACAUGGACGGGACUAGAAGAUACAUGGAAACAUUUGAACGAGUUUGAAACAAGACAGGGACUAUCAAAUACAUGGAGACAGUUGUUUGGGAUACUAUCAACAAAACAGUAAUGGCCGACUCAAGAAUAACAUCUGCCAACAUCAACAAAACGAAGGCUAAGUAGCAAGUCUGAACUAAAAUGUCCCUACUCAAUGUAACAGUACUAUAUGUAUAUGUUACUAAUUGUUGUCAAUGUUUUAGUAUAGAUAAUAGUUUCAACACAUCUUGUAAGCAUUACAAACCUUCCAUUCUUGUUACAAUGCAUUAUUAACCAAGUGUUUAUAUGUGCAGUCAGCCUUAUCGUUCAAUUUUUCUUUUGAGUUUAUAUGAGCGAGUUAAAUGAAUAUGAACAUGGCUUGAAAUACAGUGAUAAUAAUAUGCCACAUUAAGAUGUUAUAAUCAUAAAUGGUUUGAAAUGUCAGGAUGUUGAGCCACAAACAUAAUUGUGGAGAUGAUAUGAAAUGUUUUGAUAAUCUAACUGCAGCAAAAUAGCAUAGCCCACUAGUCUAAUAACUGAUAUACAUCUCAUUGUGAUUAUCUGGAUUGAAUCGUCAGAAUUUCUUUUAUUCAUUGCUGUACAAGAAGUUCACAUUUCAUUAAUUCAUUACGUAAAAUAUUGAACGCUGAAUACAAAUGACACAGAGAAUUGUGAUGGUUUAUCAGUGUUUUAUUCAGCUACAGAAUCCUAUAACACUGUUCAAGAGAAUG